AUGAUCUCUGAUCAGAUCGACGGAGAUAAGACGAUCUUGCUGCCGAUGACUCAGAUCAAAGCUUUGUACAGCAACCUCAACGGCCGCAGCCUUGACGUCGUGGCCAACGUCACAGAAGACCUGACAGGAAUCGUUCAGAACGGAACCAGUACAGUGCGCUUCUACGCGAAGGCGGAGAAAGUGGAAUUUCUCAAGUCUAACCCCAACACGUUCAAACCUGGCCUCAAAUAUUCCGUCUACAUAAAAGUAUCUCAGCCGGAUGGUCGACCAGUUCCCUCCAGCACCGAUAAGCUGCAGCUGAAGAUCCGAAUAACGAAGAAAAUAGUUCCUCUAGAGAAAGAACCCAGUACCAGUCCAGUGAGCUUUAAGAGAUGGCGACCAUGGCCACGACCUAACCCAACUCACUCGUACUACCUCCCUACCAUGGAGUUGACUGUACCCAACAAUGGAAUCGUUGUUGCUGAAUAUGAGAUUCCAAAAGAAGCAAUAUCAAUCUAUAUGAGGGCAACCUACAAAACGUCCUCUUCCUCCAAGCGUCUGUCAAAGAGUCACUCGCCCAGCAACAGCUACCUCCAGGUCUCAAUCCUCACUUCUAGAAUGUCGGCUGGUGAUGUCAUGCCAUUCUUUGUAAAAGCUACUCAGCCUCUCACAAACCUAGCCUAUCAGAUAUUAUCUCGAGGGUCGAUUGUUGAGACGGGCCGAAUUCAGCCGUACUCGAGUAAAAUUACCAUCUUUACUAUCACCGCUACAUCCAAGAUGGCGCCCAAUGCCCGGAUCGUUGUGUACUACGUCAGAGCAGACGGGGAAGUCGUCGUUGAUAGCAUCAGUUUUGAUCUGGACGGCGCUUUUGAGAACAAAGUGUCGAUCGUGAUGAACAAGGCCGAGGCUCGACCUGGUGACAGUGUCAGUGUGCUGGUUAACGCAGAGGCUGGCUCUCUUGUACAUCUGCUAGCUGUGGACCAAAGUGUGCUCCUUCUCAAGUCGGGCAAUGACGUCACACAGGCCAAGGUUCUGAAUGAACUCCAAGAUUACGAUUCAAUUAAAAGCAACGGAUAUAUACCACAUCUGAGGGGUAAACGGAUGGCCAUAUGGCCAGGGUGCUAUCCAGUCUACUAUGGAGGAAGCGACGCCACUCAAGUCUUAAGGAAUGCUGGUGUCCUCGUUAUGACUGAUGCUACAGUAUAUCGUUACCGACCAGACCCUUGUCCAUGGUGUUGGUUCGAGCGAGGUGGUGGUGGCAUCGGUUUUGAUGACCAGGUUAUGGUGGCUGAUGCUGCAGGCCCAAUGAUGGAAAUGGCUAGACCGGCAUUAGCUCCCAACGGCCUGGCGCCAGCCGUGAGUUUACCCACAGCCAGUGACCCGCUUGUUGAGGUCAGCAGAGUGAGGAAAAACUUUCCAGAACAGUGGAUGUGGUUCAAUACGACAGUAAACAUUGUCAUAUACACUGUUGAGAUAGGUCAAGGCACUCUCGGUAGUGUGUUCAGUUCUACUGUUGAGAUAGGUCAAGGCACUGUUGGUAGUGUGUUCAGGUCUAGUGUGUCAAGGUCUACUGUUGAGAUAGGUCAAGGCACUGUUGGUAGUGUGUUCAGGUCUACUGUUGAGAUAGGUCAAGGCACUGUCGGUAGUGUGUUCAGGUAUACUGUUGAGAUAGGUCAAGGCACUGUCGGUAGUGUGUUCAGGUCGACUGUUGAGAUAGGUCAAGGCACUGUCGGUAGUGUGUUCAGGUACACUGUUGAGAUAGGUCAGGCACUGUCGGUAGUGUGUUCAGGGGAACCGUGGCUAUGGCAUGGUGAGAUUAUGGCAAUGGCAGCAGCACCAGUGUUGGAAAACGUGGCAUUUGACCAAGCUAACAUGGUGCUGGCUGACAGUUUAGCCAAAGGAAGUGGACCACUUGUCGAGGUCGGCAGAGUGAGGAAGGUCUUUCCAGAACAGUGGAUGUGGUUCAAUGCAACUUCAGACUUUGGUGGGCGCGCUGCUUUCGACACCACCGUACCAGACACCAUUACAUCGUGGGUGGCAACCGCUUUUGCUGUGAGUGACAGUAAGGGACUUGGUGUUUCUCCUGGAGCCGCUAAUCUGAAGGUGUUUCGCCCAUUCUUCGUCAGUCUGAACCUGCCAUAUUCUGUGACACGUGGUGAGCAGGUCAUUCUGCAGGUUCUCGUCUUCAACUACCUCAGCCAGGACGUCACUGCUGUAGUAAAGCUUAAAAAGUCUGCGGAUUAUUCAAACAUAAUAAUCGAUGCCAAUGGAUUGGAAACAACAGUAUCUAGGGAACAAGUAGAUAACAUUCGUAUAAAAGCCGGGGAUGCAAAGAGUGUGUACUUCCCCAUCAUACCUCAAAAGUUGGGUCAUAUUGACAUCCACGUGUCGGCUCAGACAACAAUAUCUGCUGAUGCUGUUAGCAGACAACUGUUGGUUGAGGCCGAGGGAAUGCCAGUCGAGUACAGCCAGCCAGUCCUCAUUGAUCUAAACAAGGUCAACACGUUCUCCAAGACUGUGCCCAUCACCUUCCCUCCAAACGUUGACGGGUCUCAGAGGAUCGUAGUCACCGCAAUAGGUGACCUCAUGGGUUCCAGUCUGAAUGGGUUGGCGGACCUGUUGAAGAUGCCUUACGGUUGUGGAGAGCAGAAUAUGCUUAACUUUGCGCCAAACGUCUUUAUAGCAAAUUACUUAAAGGCAACUAACCAACUUGAUGGCGCAGUAGCCGACAAGUCUAUUCAAUACAUGGAGAAAGGUUACCAGCGAGAACUAACAUAUCAACACAAGGACGGUUCCUUUAGUGCAUUUGGUGACCGAGAUCCUUCAGGCAGCAUGUGGCUAACAGCAUUUGUUGUGAAGACAUUCCAUCAAGCGAAGCCACAUAUCUUUAUAGAUGAUAAGCUUUUGGUUCGCGCUAUAAAGUGGAUGAUUCAGAAACAGAGCAAAGAUGGGUCGUUCCCCGAACCUGGCCGUGUAAUCCAUAAAGCUAUGCAGGGUGGAUCCUCAUCUGGAAUAUCACUCACUGCUUAUGUGCUCAUAGCUCUGUUGGAGAAUGAAGACCUUCAUCCAGCAAUGUACAGCGAUUGUAUUUUGCAUGCUAUUAUUUCAGAUGGCUUCAAGUACUGGCACAAGCCAGAAACUACAUCGACAAGUACGAGCUAUUGGAAACCACCUCACCAAUCAAAGGCAAUAGACACGGAGAUGACGUCAUAUGCUCUCCUAAUAUAUGCUGAAAUGGGCAACAUCGUUGGUGGUUUGAACGUUAUGAAGUGGGUGAUCGCUCAGCGGAACCCCCGUGGUGGAUUUUCAUCAACCCAGGAUACAGUGGUUGCUCUGCAGGCGCUCUCAGAGUUCGCUAAGAUAGUGUACAGCAAUACAUUCGACGUGCAGGUCAGCGUCCAAGCUGGGACAUUCACAAAGAACUUCAGCAUUAAUAAACACAACGCUCUUGUUCUACAGAGUGCAGAUUUGCCAAACAUACCUACUACAGUAAUGAUAUCUGCAACUGGACAUGGUAUCGCUCUUGUUGAAGUAUCUGUCUUCUUCAACGUAAAGGCGGAGGUGGAGGAGCCUUCGUUUGGCUUGACAGUGAAAAUCGAACAGGAAACUGUUAAGAUGCUAAAGGUUAACAUCUGUGCCAAUUGGCUGAAGAAUGGAACGAGUGGCAUGGCUGUGGAGGAGAUUGGUGUUCCUUCUGGGUUUACCGCUGACAAGACGAGUAUUGGAGACGUCUUUGAUCUGAAGAGGAUUGAAACGCCUAACAAGAAGGUUAUCCUGUAUUUUGACGAGAUUGGUAAGACUCCUAUUUGUCUGACUGUUGUACUCCACCGGUCAGGACUUGUGGCGAAGACCCAGCCAGUGGCUGUCACUGUGUACGACUACUAUGAGCCAAGUAAUAAGGCAGUGGCUUUCUAUCAGUCGACAUUGCUAAAGAAUACAAAAACUUGUGAUAUAUGCCCUUCCUGUACUCAGUGCAUUAAGGUGAAAUGAAGCCUACAGCAUAAGAAAUAAUAACUGGUGUGUAAACUGAACACUAAAAAAUAAUAAUUGGUAUGUAAAUUGUAUGAGAAAUAACAAUAAUUGUCCAUAUGUGUCGAAAUACAACAUACCUGUACUUUG